UCUACUGCGCAUCAUACAGCACGGCGGCUUUGAAAAUGGAAGCUGGUUGGACGAUUGCAUUUAGAAAUAAUGUCAGGUUGCACGGUGUAAUCGUGGUUAAACAAUGCAAUAGCAUCAACAAAGCGCCGAUUAAAAAAGCCAACCUGUCUGUUUAGCUUUCAACCUAAAAUGAAAAUGUCCAGCAGAUUCAAAUAAAAAGUGUAAGUGAAGAAAAUGUCCCUUAAAGGAAGUAAAAAAGAUCAGAAGUGCUCUCACAGAACACAGCUAUAUAUUGAGGUCCCAUCGACAUGUAUGCCAAUUGUCUACUCUCCAGAAUACAACAUUACUUUCAUGGGACUUGAAAAAAUGCAUCCCUUUGAUGCCGGAAAAUGGGGGAAGGUUAUUGGCUUUUUAAAAGAAGAACAAUUGAUAACGGAUGACAACAUUGUGGAAGCCCGGGAGGCCACUGAGGAUGACCUCCUAGUUGUCCACACAAGACGCUAUCUUAACAAAUUAAAGAACCAUAUCUUGGAAGGCUCACGAGAGUGGUCGUUCGUAGUGGCUACCAUCACGGAAAUCCCUCCGCUCCUGCUCCUGCCCAACUUCCUGGUUCAAAGAAGGGUGCUGCGGCCACUGAGAACUCAAACAGGAGGAACGAUCAUGGCAGGCAAGCUGGCUAUUGACAGAGGAUGGGCGAUCAAUGUCGGUGGUGGCUUUCACCAUUGCUCCAGUGACAAAGGCGGAGGGUUUUGCGCCUAUGCUGACAUCACGCUGGCUAUCAAGUUUUUGUUUGAGAGAGUAGAAGGAGUAUCUAAGGCGACAAUUAUUGAUCUGGAUGCGCAUCAGGGAAAUGGUCACGAGAGAGAUUUCAUGGAUGACAAAAGAGUGUAUAUCAUGGACGUCUACAACAGAUACAUAUAUCCUGGGGACGGAUUUGCGAAGCGGGCUAUAAAGAGAAAGGUUGAGCUGGAUUGGGGUACUGAGGACCAAGAAUAUCUGCAGAAGGUGGAAAUGCACGUGGAGGGAGCACUGAAUGAAGUGAAACCAGACGUCCUUGUCUACAACGCAGGCACUGAUAUCUUGGAUGGGGAUCCGCUGGGAGGCCUUGCCAUUUCUCCUCAGGGCAUUAUUAAACGGGAUGAAAUCCUGUUUAAAGCUGCUCGUAGGAGGAAGAUCCCGAUCCUCAUGGUGACGUCUGGAGGCUAUCAGAAGAGGACUGCGCGGAUAAUAGCUGAUUCUAUAAUUAACUUGCAUAACCUGGGGCUGGUGGACUGUGACUCCGCAGCAAGUGAAGCCAGGCCUUCCCAAGUCCCUUUUAUGAUGAGCAAGUCAAUUUCAUCAGCUGCAGCUUUGUCAUCUCGCUGAGUAUUUGCACUAAUUGUACUUUUGUUAUGUGAUUAUUACCCCCAAACAGUAGCGUGUUUUUAUUCUCUGUUUUCCUCUCUCUAUGGUAGGUUUAUAAUACCGUGGUCUACUUAAAGAAAACUACUAGAGUGACUGGGGCUUCAGCUGAUAGUUGUCAGGCUUGCUGUCCAUCUAGGUUGGACCAGCUUUUUUUUUUAACAAGAUUUACUAACUGCACUACUGACGGAGGCAAAAAAAGUAGUUUUCUUCCACUUUAAUAUGUACACUUAAGAUUUAUUUUGCUCAGUUAAGUCACAAUGUUUACACCUAUAAACAUAAUUUCCUGGAUAGUUUUUAGAAUGUAGGCAGGAGGAGCUUCUAAAUCCAAGGUUCUAAGCAUGGAAAGCCAGGCUGUUUGGGGUUGGAAUUACUGACAAGAUGGACUUCCAUUACAUUUGAAUUAAUGUGCAGAGGCAUUGUUUGUGUGUGGGCUAUAUACUCCAUCAUUCAGAUCAAUGCUUUUCUAGAGGUAAACACAUAACCCAGAUUCUUAGGUAUUUGAUUAUGUAUGUUUCUCUAGGGUGUCUUUUUAAGAAUCAGGUUUUUGAUAUAUUAAAAACAAAAAAAACAGCCUUAGGAGCAUCUUGCCUCCAUUUCUGUGAAUAUCCAUUUUGGUAGCGAUAUUACCUAACGGAGAACAAACAGGGGAGCAACUGCAAAUACAGUGCUUUCAAAAUGGUACUGUUGCAUUUAAAUAAUUAUACUAUUAUGUUUAAAUUGUAUUUAAUAACCAGAACUGAAAACCUGUUUUGUUUGUUCUGGCAUGAUAAUGAUCAUGUGUCAUGUAGGAUGACAUUAACUUGAAGUUAAAAAGGUACUAAGGCAUGCUUCUUGGGGGCUGCCACAUGCUUUAGUUUGCAUUGUUUAACAAUGAUGUUGAUUGAUCGAUUGUAAUUCUGAAUGCAUUAUUAUUUUUACACAAUUUUGACCACAAAAUAUUAUUCAUACACCCUAACAGCUUUUGUAAAUGUAUUUCUUGCAGCAGUAAUAAACUUUAAUUUAUAAAACAAAUUAAAAAAAGAAAAUCAUAUCAAAUAUGAUUUUAAUACCAACAGCUGCUUGAUUUUCUCUGCAAAAGCCCCUGAGAAUCGAAGCAUUCAUUUGGCGUGGCCUAAAGAGUUUUUUGACACUACCUGCUUUAAUAGAACAUCUGUCUGUUAAACUGUUUUCUUAGAAAGGGAAUGACAACUUCUAAAUUCUACUGGGAAAGAUACUGUGAGAGUGUUAACUCCACUAAUGAAUACGAUUAUUCAGUAGCUUCAUAUAUUUCAAAAUCUGUUUACAGACAGUUAUGUAGAAAUGGUAGAUUCAAUUGAAAAACAUUGCCAUUAUAUGACCUGUAAUAUUACCCUGCUGGUCUAAUGCACAGGACUUAAGUAAAGCUAGUUUGAUUUGAGAAGUGGGCAGUGCUAGGAGAACCUUGGAGAGAUGAGUUUAUUUCCACAGUGAGUGGCGCAGAAGAUAACUUUCACCUCUGGCUCACAAGGCUAUAGGUUCAGAUUCUGUUGAAAGAGAAAAAAACAUGUACUCAACCGACCACAAGUGCUUUAACAUGGCAGAUCAGUACUCUGUGGUGUGCUUUUAAUGAUAUAUGUGCUCUUACAGUUAAAACAAACACUGCGCCUGCCUGGCAUAUCAUAUCUAAGUAGCUUUUGCUUUCAUCUGUCACUUUAAUUGGUGCGCAUAGAAAUACACUAAGCAGCCCCUGAAUAAAAAACAGGGUCAGCAUGACUGGGUUUGUUUUUAUUCCACUUUUUCUGUUUACUCUCAAGAAAACAGAAGAAAUGUUCUUUAUAUCAAUAUCAAGUUUGACCUUAAUUAAGAGCACAGUAGAGGUCAUACAUGUAGCUGAAAAGUACUCUAUUACUUUGAUUCAUUGUGCUCGUUACCCAAGCAGUUGCUUACUGUACUUGUCUCAAAUGGGAUUGCACCCUAUCUGGGAAUUUAGAAGUUCAGAACCCAGUCUGAAUGACUCAUUUGCAAAUUGAAUUUAGUGGUAAAUAAACUAGCACCAACUUACUCAGCAUUGUCCCCAUUGUUCUGUUUGAUUCCACUUUGUUUCAACACAGUUUUUCACAGUUUUUUUAAUUGUAGUCCUAGCUAAGGAGAGCCUAGUAAUUGGAUGUUUGUAAGUACACUGACUUGCUGUUCCUUAAAGAUAAUUCUGUAUGACAACAAUUGUGGGAAAAAAAGUGCCAAAGCGAUGUCGUUUGUGUUACAUUGAUAAAAUAAUGGUCUUUACUGCUUA